ACUUAUUUUUCUAAUGCCCCUCUUCCUUUUUCUUCUAACUCGUUCCCCGCAGAGAUAAGGAAAGACAAAAGGAGAGAAGAAACAAACGAAGUAAAAAAUUCUCAGAAGACGAACUCGGAUGGCUUGCGUCGCUGGAGAAGAAGAACACCGCCGGAAGAGCUUGUGAAGACUGAUCGUUCUCGCCUUCGCCGGUGAAGAAAGCCUCGACAAUCAGGCUAUGGCUAGUUGAGACGGAUAUGUAAUAAGGUGCAGAAGCGGAACACCGUGAAGGCUAUUAUAAUUGUUUUAAACUUGCUGCUCGUUUA